AUGAAGAAUAGAACUGAAUUCAUAAACAAAACAAUUGAAACCCACAAUAUAUACACACAAAGCACUAAAAUUAAAGAAAAUAUGCAAUAUGACGAAUAUGUCUGCGAUGAAUGCCAUGGAAAUGGCGUAGACCAGUCCAUUCGAACUGCAUUUAAAGUAAAUUAUUGCGGGAGAUGCAAAUUAAAACUAGAACUAGUGUCCCAAACCACAGCGAUAAAUGACUAUCUGCUGAACAAGGAAGACGUACGGCAUCUACAGCACUUAAAAGCAUUGAAUCCACGAAAUCCAGACUGGAAACCAAUGAUUCUUUACAGAAAAACAGACAUAGAGAGGAUUUCUUUAAGAAAAUACCCAAACAUUGAAGAAGAAAGAAAACAAAGGCAAGAAAAGCUUGCAGAGAGAAAAAAGAAAGCACUUAAAAAGAAGCUUGCAUGUCUAAGAAGAACUACCCGCGCAAAAGUAAAGGAAGACCCCAUACAUGUACAUGCAUUUAAUGACAAUGGCGCAUGUGAAUGCGGAAUGAAAAUUGAGUUUGAGGAGAUUUAA